UAAGGUCUCUCUCUUUGUCUUUGUCUCUCUCUCCUCAAUUUUUAACUUUCACACACUUUCUCUCUCUUUUUCAUUUCUGCAUAACAAUAUAACACCCGCGUGAACGUUCACUCUACCCUCAAACUCACUCUUUUCUUUUGCUUUAUUUCUUCGUUCUUGUUGUGGAACAAAUAACCAAAGGAUUGAACCUUCGGGGAGCACCAUGGACCCUGACGUCAUCGAGAUUCCUCCCCCAAUUCACCACCCUCCGAGAUUCCGCGAGCAGAACAAGGUCAUUUUGCAUGAUGUGAUUGACAUUGAUGAUGACUCUGAGGAUGUAGUGAUUAUUGGCGAAAAAGUUAACAAUAGUAACAAAGGGAAGACUAUUGACGCCAUUCAUGAUGAUCAUCAAGUUGUGAAAACGGCUGAUUAUACUUACUCUCUGCCUGCUGUGGAAAAUUUUGGAUCAGUUAGUGGGAUUGCAUCUUCUAACAAUUUCCCUUCUGUGUCAAAUAAUUUAAUCAAUAUUGAUGGUCAUGGUUCUGAUCUAUCAUAUGACGAUGAUGACUACUUUGAUAUUUUGUCGGAAGAUUAUAUGGAUGUAGAUGAGUAUGCUUUAUUACAGAAACACUUUGAUAAUGUGGAUAUACCUACUGGAAUUGAAGCACCUUUUACUUGGUUGCCACCAGACUAUGUCGUAGGUUCGAAGAAGACUGGAAAUAAUACAUUGUAUCCUUGGCAUCAUAUGCAAUCUAAUGCUAAUAAAAGUCCCAUGACACCCUCUUCUCAGCCCUCUUUAUCAUUAGAGCCAACUAACUCUGAAAUUCAAGCAUCUUCAUGGGGUGCUAUUAACAUUCCAAUCAAAAUGGGUAAUGUUGAUCACUCUUCUGGAGUAGAGUUGUCUUCUCAAUAUAUUUCUGAACCUGCCCCUUCUAAGAAAUCAGCUACUUCAAAACUCAGAGGGCGUACUUCAAAUGCUUCAUUAGGAGUAGAGUCAUCUAAGUCUCACUGGUCUUCAGGGCCUUUCCAUAGUAAAAAGAAGCCUGCUUCAACAUACCAUGGUUUUAAUUACCAUGCAGAGGCCGCGAAGAUGCCACAUGCAGGUGAGCUGCCAUAUUGGGGGCAAUUUAAAAGUGCUAAGAAGGAAGCUGGCAGUAGCAUUUCAUCCCUUUCAACUUUCAUUGAACAUCAUGGAUCAUUGUAUCCUCCAGGAAUAGAAUCAGGAAAACAUUGGUGGGAGAUUUCUCAUAAUGCUAAACCAUUUUCUACACAUCUUAAUAAUAUUCCUAAUCAUAUUUAUUAUCCAUUUGAUCCUCUUGUUGCCCAUCCUGAGCAUGUGUUUGAUAACAACUGGGUUCACGAUUCUGCCAGAGAUGGAUUUAAUGGAAAAACUGUGGAUGGCCCUAUUGUGACAAUCACAGAUGAAGCCAAAGAGGAAAUUCUGAGGAAAUUCAGAAGUUUUAAACAAUUUGACACUGUUGAAGACAUUUCAGACCAUCACUUUUUUCGCAGUAAUUCUUCAAUGCAUCAGCCUCCCAAGAAUUGGGCUAAAAAAAUCCAGGAAGAGUGGAGGAUUUUGGAGAAGGAUUUGCCAGCUUCAAUAUUUGUCCGAGUUUUUGAGUCAAGGAUGGAUCUUUUAAGGGCUGUGAUUAUUGGAGCAGAAGGGACUCCUUAUCAUGAUGGCCUUUUCUUUUUUGAUGUUUUCUUUCCAAGUGCCUAUCCCAAUGUACCGCCGAAAGUCCACUACCACUCUGGAGGUCUUCGGCUCAACCCAAAUCUGUAUGCUUGUGGCAAAGUAUGCCUUAGUCUACUUAACACCUGGUCCGGCAGCAAAAAUGAGAAGUGGCUUCCAGGCGUUUCAACAAUUCUCCAGGUUCUGGUCUCUAUACAAGGUCUAAUACUGAAUACUAAGCCUUACUUUAAUGAACCUGGAUAUGCACACAUGAGUGGUUCAGCAAAUGGUGAAAAGAUGUCUUUUCAGUAUAAUGAGGACACAUUCAUUCUAUCAUUGAGGACCAUGAUGUAUAUGAUACGAAAGCCUCCAAAGAAUUUUGAGGACUUUGUUAAGGGGCAUUUCUGCAGUCGAGCUAGCGAUAUUCUGGUGGCAUGUAAGGCAUACAUGGAAGGUGCUCAAGUUGGGUGUUUGGUCAAAGGAGGGGUUCAGGAUGUUGACGAGGGAGACAGAAGCUGCUCACAGCGAUUCAAGGAUUCUUUAUCCGGAUAUAUGAACAUGCUUGUCAAAGAGUUUGCUAAAGUUGGAGCAAAGGACAUCGAGAAAUUGCUGCCUCCAGCAACAACACCAGUAGUGAACAAGCCAUCAGGUUUAAGUAUUGCCUGAGGCUGCAGCUUGAACUGAACUUUCUCUUGGAUAAACCAAAUUUUGAGGCUUGAUAUACCAAAGCCAUAGUACAUCAUUUUCACCUAAUGGCUCAUUUUACUGUUUUAUGUAAGUAGUUGACUCUUGAUAUCUGCUCUCUUAUUUAUCAUGAACAUAUAGAACAAUUGUCUGCCAUAAUUGUAUAUAAUUGCAAACAAAAAUACAACACCUUGUUAAUUUGUCAUAGAUCACUGGUCAUAGUAUUCUGCUCUCUGUUUGUUUGUU